AUGCGCAGAAAGCACCUGAUCGAGCUACCCGAACAGAUUGUCGUGGGGCCGGUGCCAGUGGCUGUGGAGCCCCUCGGUCAACUGCUCGGCGAUCCGUCGGCGAUCGGGGGACCGGACCACCCGGAGGAUGGGGACGACUUUUGUUCGAUCAGCACACUUCCGGUGGACGAACGACCCAGCAGCAGCAUGGACAGCGAAGAGCGUCCGGCAAUGAUUAAUGUACCUGCGCUGCGGGUUGCGCUACCUCCAUCGCCCAUUCCGUCCACAUGGGAACCGACGGCACCGCUUGCCUCCUCACCAUCACCCCCGCAGCCGCUCGAAACCGAUCUGGAUGGUGGGUGGGAUGAACGGGUGGUGCCGCGACUACCCCGUCAAACUGGCCGUCGAACGCAGUCCCAGCCGCGGCUCGUUUCGAUAACGGCCGUCCGGGAUGAGGCGACCAAUGAGCUCGUUAUCCGCACCAACAGCGUACCGGGCGACCGGGCUUCGGCCCCGCCACUGGCGCUAGCGGAGGAGUCACCGGUUCAACAGCAGCAAGCAGCACCACAACAACACCGCUACGGGGCGGUCGAAUCGGAGGGUAGCUCGAUGGGAAGCUCCCGCAACCCCAGCCCGGUGUCGCUGUUAUCGUCGACAACCACCUACAGCUCGAUAGCGUCCGGCGGAGAUAAUGCCGACAACCGUAGGGCCGAGCCAAACCACGAGGCAGGCGGAACCGGAGUGCCUUCGCGACAGUCGGUGAGCCUCGGAACGCAGCAGAUCGGAACGGUGGGUGGUGAAGUGGCCACCAUUGCUACCGCGAACGGAGGUAGCCGGGAACGGCACCGGGGCUUGGCGGCACUCGGCGGCGAAGAGCCUUCGCAGUGGCGAUCGACGGCGGCCACUGAAGACGACGCGCAGCAACCGGACCAACGCGCCCCGGAAGAGGAGUCGUCCGAUCCGGACGGGGCGGUGGUGGAGGAAGGCCGACGAAGCAGCCGCCGGAACGAUGGCCGCCCGAAGGCCCGCUGGCCGCACGCCAUUUCGCGCUCGCUGGCGACGACCUUCUGCACCGUGGGGCUGUUCAACCUGUCCCGAUUCGCCGUCUUCAGCGUCCAUUUCGGGGCGAACUUUGUCGUGCAGUUCGUGCUGUUCUCGCUCCUGUUCGGCAUCCCGAUGAUGUGGCUGCAGAUGGUGCUGGGGGCGCGGAUCCGCGGCGGACCGGUCACCAUGUGGCGCAUCAGUCCGAUCUGCAAGGGCAUCGGCAUCGCGCUGCUAGUCGCCCAAGCGUUGGUCGCGCUCUACUCGGCCAUCUCGCUCGCCUGGCUGUUGGUGUACUUCCGCGAUGCAUUUACCGUGCGCAACGAGAAGUACCGGUGGCAGGAACCGUUCGAGUUCUACCGCGGUGGCCUCGCGGCGGGCGGCAACCAGUCGUUCCGGUUGUCCGACACGGUGGCCGACUACUUCAAUGGCGUGGUGCUGCAACGGUACCACCUGCGGAUGCAAACGUCGACCGCAGGCACCGGCCGGGGCUCGGCAACUGCGCCCGGUGUGAGCGGGAUCGGUGCGAUCCGGUUUCAGCUGGCGUUCAACCUGGCCAUCCUGUGGACGCUCGUAUUUGUGGCCCUCUGCCGGGGCAUCCGGUCGCUGGGGAAGGUAGCCGUCGGGCUGUUCCUGAUCGCCACGGCCGGGCUCGUGGCCGUGUGCGCCAAGUUUCUCACCUUCAUCAACUACGACAGCGUGCAGAGCGUGUUCCCGGCGACGGACUGGCAGGACUUUUUCCUCAACUCGCGCAGCUGGAUGUGCGCGGCGCAGGAAACGUUCCUGACGUGGGGUCUGCUCGGCGUUUCGAUCUACUCACUCAACUGCCGCAGCAACCGGAAGGGAGCGUGCAACGGACGGACACGGCGCGAGCUGCGCCGGGAUGCGUUCCUGGUCACGUUCAUCACGCUCGCCGUGCUGCUGCUGGCCGCCGUGCUGGGUAGUGCGUGCGUGCAGAUUCUCAACACCCACGGGUACUACUACUUCCCCGGAUCGUACGAAAACCUGGGAACCAACGUCUUUUUGCUGCCCGCCAGCCAACCGUUGCCACCGCAGCACGCCACGAUGCCGAACCGAUGGCUGAUCCGCUACUCGAUGGUGGUCGGCGAAAGCUUCAAGCGACCGUACGCCGAUCCGAGCCGUGAGAGUGGCUACCAGGUGCUGCGUCUUGCGACGGAGCUGCUACCGGCUGCGCUGGCCACGGCCGCGCCCGGACACAUUCCCGCGAUCUGGGGGCUGAUCGGGUACCUCUCGCUUGCCCUGUUCGGCCUUGGGCAGCUGUGCGUCGCGUGGAAACCGAUUGCCGGCGCCAUCGGGGACGCACCGUCCUCCAUUCUGCUGAGCUGCGUGACGGGGCUGCUGCUCGGGAUGCCGCUGGCCACCGAGGGUGGCAUCACGAUCGUGUACUACCUCGACACCAUCCUCGGCGCCGCCUGGUGGGUGCUGUUGCUCUGGAUCGGACACAUACUGGCCCUGUUCCUUGUCCGUGGUCGACCGUUCACAAGCGACAUUCUAGUCAACGAUCUGAAGCUUCUGCAAUCCUUUUCGGCGUUCGUGGCGUUUGCCUGGAACUUUCUGCUCCCGAUCGGGCUCAUCUUUCUGUGUAUCCUCCAGUACCGGUUGUCGAACAGUGCGGCGCUCUUCAACUGGGGCAACCCUGGGAAUGGGUCGGCCAGCUAUUGGCCGCUGUGGGCCCGCCAGACCGGUGGGUUCGUGCAGGUCAGCUUCCUGCUGCUCGUCCCGAUCGCGAUGGUGGUGCAGAUCUAUCGCUACCUGUGCCGGGGACCACCGGACAUACUGGACCGCGUGGACCUCUUACUGCGACCACCGGUCGAGGGCGACACGGGUAGCACCGCUCGUGGUGCAGUGAACCAAGCGAGACGUCCGGCCUUUUCCCGUCCGGUGCAACAGAGUUCGGCGUCAGAUGAUGCGCCGCCAAAGUACACACCGCCACCGUCGUACACCACGGCCACCGGGGCACGGAUCGCGAAGAUGCUACGCAACAGCAUCCGGCGCAGCGUACGCCGACUAAUGGGUGAAUCGAGCGGCGGCGGCGGCGGCCACCGGCAACGAGUGGCGCUGCCCCAGUCGACCGCGCAGUCCGACCAUCAUGCGGCACUCGGAGCAAAUCCGGCCGCCGAUGGCGAGCUUCCGCCCGAUUACUGUUCCGUUUUGCAGCAGUUCGGGGGCCCCGAGUCCAUGGAGAUGGCGCGGCCACCGCGAAUGUUGUUCAACUCGUCGACCCUGGGCAGUGGUCGCCGCUAUCGGUCGCUCGUGGUCGGCACGGAUGCUGAAUCGCCGGCGGCGGCGCACUCGUUGUCGCCCCACCACCAACUGACGGCUUCCGACGUUCGGCAGAUUCUGCGACCGGCCACCAUCACCGGGGCAGUCGGCAACACUGUGCCCGCACCACCGUCUGCUGGGUCCGCCUCGGCAGGAUUCACGCAAACCCUCUGCAACACGUUGCUGCGCCGCGGACACUCGAUGGAGAAUCUGGUGCUCGGGGCAGCGCCAAUCGGAGAUUCCAGCAUCAUUACGCUCGACUGUGACGCCGAGGACGACCGGGACGAUGGGCAGCGGAACGGCGGCGCCAGACAGAACAGGUCCCGCAGCGGCAUGGGAAACGAUUCUGUGAUAUAA